CAGAUGCAGACAUAGAGACGACGAAGAAGAAGACGAUGUGCUGCUACAUAGGGAAAGCCACGAAGAUCUUCAUCUUCAUCGUCACCGUUCUGGUGCUCACCGGCCUCAUAUUGGGACUCGGCGGCCUUUUCAGGAAACGGAAUCGCGACGGAGGAGACCACGCCUCUUGCUCCGGCGAAUCCUGUAACCUCACCGCAAGCCCUGCCCCCCCGAAUCAAAUCAACCCCAUUGCUACUUUCCCCGACCCAAACCCUAGUAUUUCUCCGCCGAACAACGGCCCGUCGUCAUUUGCACCGCCGCCGCCGCCGGAUAGCGUAGAUCAGAGCCCGGAGAGUCCCAAUUCAGCUCCUCCGCCGCCUCAAUUGCAGGCUUCCGCACCUCCUCCGCCACCGCCACCGGCCGUCUCGGCAAUCCCGCCUGAACUGAGUCCUCCCAGCGCUGCUCUGGUGGCCUCUGGCCCGGCGCAUUCUUAGUUACUACUCCGUUUUUUUUCCUUCUUGAGUCGAUCCAUCGCUUUUAGCAGAUUUUUUAAUUAAUCCACUCUAUUGUUCAUCAUCCCUGUUCCGAUUUGGAUGAGGUUCCAGAGGAUCUGUAUUUCUGUAAAGAGAAUUUAAUAGUCUCAGGAUUUUGAUUUCGCGAUUUACAUAGAUCGAGCAUUGUCUUAAUAAUAGAUUUCAGACUCU